UCUCACAGAAGAGGCAGAAGGAUGAAAAAUUAGAGAUUCUUUUUUUCUCUCCUACAGAAGAAAGAGAGGGGAGAUCGGAGACAACCGGCGAAAUAGCCGUAGCACCAAUUCUCCAUCUUCCGGCGACGAGCUCCGUUUUUAUCCCAACAAUGGACGACGAAUCCGCGCAGAAGUCCAACGGUAGUCAUCACGGCUCUUCCAAUGGCGCCGUCAGCAAUUCCGAUCAAUCGGUCCCCUCGGACAGGCUCCUCCGCGUCUACGCCGAUGGGAUCUACGAUCUCUUCCACUUCGGCCACGCCCGCUCCCUCGAACAGGCCAAGAAAUCGUUUCCGAACGCGUACCUGCUCGUCGGGUGCUGCAACGACGAGAUCACGCACAAGUUCAAGGGGAAAACGGUGAUGACGGCAGCUGAGCGCUACGAAUCCCUUCGCCAUUGCAAGUGGGUGGAUGAAGUCAUUACUGAUGCGCCAUGGGUGAUCAACCAGGAGUUUCUUGACAAGCACAACAUUGAUUAUGUGGCUCACGAUGCCCUGCCGUAUGUUUGUCUCCUUACUUAGUUCAAACUUCAAUUUCGAGAUCAGCAGUUAGCUCCCUUUUGCAUCUUGGUUGAUGAGAAUUUCCCCAUUGAUCGUUGGGAAUCAUUAGUAGAUUCAUAUUCGUUAGUGUUAUUGUUAUUGAUGGUUGCGUGAGAUUUGAACCUAAGCGGGAUGAAUGUUCACUGUUCACCCGUUCAUUCCAUUACCACUAGAUCAACCACUUCGGGUGGCAUAGGUAGAGCAAUAUGUUCUUUUUAUAUAUAGGUGAAUGCACUAAGGUUUGAAUCUAGGACGAUACAAAUGGUUUUCAUUUCAUCCCGUUAGAGCAAUCUGUAUCAAGAACUAGUUCGUCUAAAUAAUCCUAGAUGUUGGGAAAGGUACUCGAAUGAAAGCCUAUUAGUAUCCGGGAAUACCAGGAUUCGAUUGAGGUCUCUUGAUUAAUAACCAUGCUGAGGGAUACUGUGGGUCCAAAAAUGAACAAUACACGCUAUCUUUUGUCGGAUGUUUAUGAAAUUUAGAGGAUGAUGAACAUUGAACACUAUCUCUUGUGUGUAGAUAUGCAGAUGCAAGUGGAGCUGGGAAUGAUGUUUAUGAAUUUGUGAAAAAAGUUGGGAGGUUUAAAGAAACGAAAAGAACUGAUGGGAUUUCUACAUCAGAUAUUAUAAUGAGGAUCCUGAAAGACUACAAUCAGUAUGUCAUGCGCAAUUUGGACAGAGGAUAUACGAGAAAGGAACUCGGUGUUAGCUAUGUAAAGGAAAAGCGACUGAGGGUCAAUAUGAGAUUGAAGAAACUACAGGAGAAAGUGAAAGAACAACAAGAGAGAGUUGGUGAAAAGGUGUGGCUUCAGAUUCAAACAGUGGCAAUGCAUCGGAACGAAUGGGUGGACAAUGCUAAUCGCUGGGUUGUUGGUUUCCUUGAGAUGUUUGAGGAAGGUUGCCAUAAAAUGGGCACUGCCAUUAGAGAUCGACUUCAAGAACGGUUAAUGGGCCAGGAAUCUAGGGAGAUGCUCCUAGAUGGCAACGACGAAGACGAUGAUGAGGAAUAUUAUUACGAUGAUGAUGAUGACGACGAAGACGAGUAUGAGUAUGUAGAUGGCGAAGAAGAGUAUUACGACGACGAAUUACAGUGCAAUACAAACGAAAAGGACGAGAAGAAAACAACUGUUGAGGGAAACCGAUGAUGAUCUCUCCCUCCUUUAAUCUAUUGACACUUUUCCCCCCUUAUUGGUUUAUUUUAUUGGGUAUGUAAUAGGGGUUUAUUCGGAAUUCACUUUCAGGUUUAUUGUAAAGUAGAUAGUCUCUAACAAUUGUGGGCUAUUAGUUUUGAGAGAGUGUAGCUUUGCUCUUCAUUUUUGAGAGAUGGACACCAAAAGUAAAAGACUUUACUGGUUUUGUACCAACCAUUUUGUGUCUUUUGGGAAACUUUGAUUCGUAUAUCGAGCUAAUUCAGUCGUAUUGAGU